AUGGAAAACCUCCCCCCGGAGCUCUUGCGCAGGAUUCUUUUAUACCUGAUCGCGGAAUGGAGCUUGGUCGAUGAAAUCCAUGAGUCCGUCCCCAAGACUUCACUGGCUGUGUACGCAACAAUUUCUCGCAAAUGGCAGAGUACCGUGGAGCCCUUCACGUUCCGAUACUUGGCCCUGAACCCUAUGAGACUUGAUGUAGCUGAAGCCUACAACUAUCUCACGCCACCCCGCCUUGCCCAUCUCCGCCACGUCCGCUUCGAAAUCGAGUUCCCCGCCCACGACCUUCAUGUAUCCACCGACCCUGAAGACUAUGACGACCAGAUCAUAUUCACCAAAACCAUAAGGCGGGUUCUGGGCCUUCUUGCGCGAGUUCCACGUCGCCAGACAUCCCUCGUCAGCCUGAUACUCUUGACAUCGCCCUCAAGGGAGCACUGUAUUCCUUGGGUUGGCGAUAGACCAACAGAAAAAGACAAGGUUUUCUCAGGCGAACUCCGGAAAACGUAUCUGGAGCUUCCCGCGGAUUGGGAUAGAAACAUAGAAGACCUGUCUGAGAUAUCCCUUUUCCGGGUAGAGUUAGAAUCGCGAGCGCUGGUUUUCGCUCCAGCAUCGAUCAAUAUGAUGGCGAAGUUUGCGAAUACUCUGGAGCUUCUACCAAGGUCCAUAGAGCAUUUCAGACUCGAAUAUAUCCGGGAGCCUCCCAAAGACAGGACGUUCCUGCCUCCAGGAAUUGUGCCGCCCGAUGCGACGAGCGACAUUCUAAGCCGGCAACUCCACACCUUCUCUCAAAGGGAUCGCCUGCAAGAAUUCUUGGUCGAUGCCAGCGUCGAUAGUGCCAUCCUAUGGCCUGAGUCUCAGGAUCCCGAGAGCAAGCCACCGACCUGGCCCAACAUGACCAUGUUUCACAUUGAAUUGAACGAUGUAUUACCGUCAGGCCAGUGGAUCGAGAUGCGAGACCCUGAGGCUGAAGAAGACCGAUUUCACGGCAAUUUUGAUUGGGAUGAUGGCCCAGAGAGCGAAAUCCCCGGCGAGGAGUACGAGAAGUGGUUCCCAUGUACAUACAACCCGAUACACUUUGAGCGGUUCGCCCUAGCCACGGCACGAGCCGCGAGCCAGAUGCCAAAGAUAAGGGAGCUCUAUAUCACUAAUAACAGCCUAGCUUCGAUGGGCGUCGGGUUCGUCACUAGAGGUCUCAAGAAGUCUUGUUGUCUGGAGUUUACGGGAGAUCCACCCCCAGAGCCCAGCGAGGAGACGAUGGAUGCUUGGCGUAACGUGGUAAAACUUCAUGGCUUGGAAUGGAAUGUGCAUUUUGCAUAUGGUGCGAAUGCAUACUAUUUCUAUACCCUCUAG